AUGUCCUUCGCCGCGAGCGGAAUCCAGCCGGCACUCUAUGAUCAGGAGGAUCGGAUGAGGCAGAAAUACGGUUUCACGUACCCGUUCCCUCGUGAGCGCUCCAAGUGGCUUGGGCCUCUAUGCACGCAGCGGUAUCACCGCAUUCAUCUGGAAUCGCAACAGUUCCUCCGGAUACCUCCCACGUCCUCGGGAGGCUGGGGAGGCAUGGAGGAAUCCCCCAUCACUAGAGGUCUCAGGAGGCAACGUAUGACCUCAGCAGAUGCGCUGGAGGUGCACGCGUGCCUCAAGACGCUGCCAGAGGUUGGCCGGAGGUGCAAGAGGCUGACGUUAUGCUACCUCUGCACCGCAGAUACACCUAUAGCCGAUAGGUAA